AUGAGGCGAAAGGCAGGCGUUGGUGCUAUCCAAAAACAAAAGCUGGAGCAAGAAAAAUAUAAAGAUAAGGGAACUGAGAUUCAAGAAAAUCAAUUUGAGCAAAUGACAAAACAGAUGGAAACUUUUCGUGUGAAUCUAGAAGAAUUCGCAACAAAGUAUAAAAAUGAAAUUAAAAAAAAUGCACGAUUUCGGCGGCAAUUUACCGAAAUGUGUGCAUCAAUAGGUGUAGAUCCUUUAGCCUCAGGUAAAGGAUUUUGGUCAGUUCUUGGCAUAGGAGACUUUUAUUACGAACUUGCUGUUCAAAUUGUUGAAGUUUGUAUGGCUACAAAUUAUAAAAAUGGUGGAUUAAUAUCAUUAGAUGAACUUAGAGCAAGAUUAAUUCAAGCUAGAGGUCGUAGAAAAGAACAUCAAGAAAUUACAAAUGAGGACUUACUAGCUGCAGCUAAAAAAUUAAAAAUUUUUGGAAAUGGAUUUUCUAUUGUUCCAAUUGGAAGAGGUAAACACUUAGUACAGUCUGUACCUGGUGAACUCAGUAUGGACCAUACUGCCGUAUUACAACAAGCUAGUUUAUCUGGAAAUGCAUAUGUUUCAAGAUCCAUGUUAUGUAAAGAAUUAAAAUGGGAAUCAGAUAGGACACAGAAAGCUUUGGACCAUAUGGUAAAAGAAGGAUUGGCAUGGUUAGAUGAACAAGGUGAAAAUGAAAUAUUAUAUUGGUUUCCUAGUUUAUUUACAGCUUGCAUUGUAUCCAAAGAGUAAGCAAAAUAUUGACUUUAUAAUGAAUAUUAUGAAAUAGACAGUGUUUUAAAAGAAUAAGAUAUUUGCAAUAUAAAAUGUAUUUUUAAUGUGAAUAAAUUUACAUUAUUCUUGUAACA